GCCUCCAACCCCUGCUCUCUUCUUCCGCGAGCUCUCGGUGCAUCCCCUGCUCUCUUCAUCUUCUCGCCGUCAUCUUCAUCUUCUCGCUAUCGUCAGGUCGGCAUCUUCCGUCAAUCAAGGGUCUGUCGGCGUCAUCUUCGAAGAUUUAGUGAAACACCUUUUAGGAGAAGCCUUAAAUCACCUUUAGUGAGGCUCAUUUUAUCUGUGAUUCAUGCGUACCUGUCAAGCCCUACAAGAAGAAGGGAAAAAUCCCUGACAAACAGCAGCAACAACAAUCAGAGAGGGGUGGGGGACUUUUCACCAUGUUUAAGUCCUAGAUUUGACUCCAAAGAACAUUAUGAUUUCAUCUUGCAGAAGUUCUGUUGCAAAGUUAUUUUGGUUGGAGCUUUUGUUCUGAGAUAUAGUCUAAAUUGUGCGUCCCCUGCCAUGCUUCACUCCCUCGAGGAGCUCAAUGACUUCACACCUUGCUGCCAGGCACUCUGCAUCAAUGUUGGCACGCUCACGCCUUCCUGGCUUCCCUCCAUGAAGUCUGCUGCACAACUCUGCUCCCAACUGGACAUACCGUGGGUGCUCGACCCUGUUGCCAUCUCCGCCUCUGGUUUUCGUUUGAAGGCUUGCAUGGAGCUUGUGGAGUUGAAACCUGCUGUCAUAAGAGGGAAUGGUUCUGAGAUCAUUGCUCUCUCCAUGGCUUUCACUCAACCCUCCAAGUCAGAGGUUGCCAAAUUGAAAAAGAAGAAAAGAAAACAAAUCACCAUAUGGUUCUUGGGGUUACAAUGAAGAUUUCUGAUACAUUCUGCAACAAACUGACAAAAUACAAGACCAAUCUUACAGUCAUCUACAAUCAAACAGCACCCAGUUGUUCUUAUAUUCUUGACAUCAUAGUUUUAGUAGUUCAAAUGGACAGUGAUCCUUAGCAAUGUCUCUGCUCCAUCAGUGGAAACCUGUCCUGGGGGGAUAAGAGCUCUGAGCUCUGCAAAACCGCUUGCAUUCUUGAACUUCCCUGUGCCCCCGAUCACUGAUAACUGCGACAUGGCGCUCCCUAUCUUGUACAGGCCAUAGAAGUUAAGGCUGUCUCCAUACUCCCCUCCUUCGAACAAGGCGGUAAAUGUCAUCAUUUGUCUACUCCCAUCUGCCGAACUCGCCACGUACACUCCUUGAGCUUUCCCAACUAUUUGUGA